AUGGCCACGACAGCGAACCCUGGACCUUGUCCACAAGUCUCGGAAGUCCAGGACCGGCUUCUGAUUGGCGGAGUGGGAGGCGGAAGCCCGGGAGCCAUUGGUCUGCUACUACAGACACAUGCGAUUACCCAUCUGAUUGUUUGUGGGCGUGUUGAUCAGGACGUGCACGUUGCGGCUGCCAGGGAAGCAGUGGUUGAUGGUGGCACGGAGCUUCAUAUUGCUCCUCUUGUUCCAGAGGAUAAGUCUGACAUCUGCAGAAUUUUGGAGAACGCUGUGGCCUUUAUCCAGCACGCCUUGGACGACGAUCUAAAUGCCGUUCUCGUCGUGUGCAGCAAAGGCGCAUCUCGAAGCGUAGCUGUCGUGCUCGCGUAUUUGAUGAGCGGGGGAUCGGACCUGGCGAGUGCCUUUGAUCUCCUUGCUCGCACACGAUGGCGGAUUUGGCCAAGCGCUUUGCUUGUGGACUCUCUGAUAAAGUUGGAAGCACGUGCAGCACGCAUAAAGCGUGAAGUGCUGCCAGCGCCGAACAGCAGCCUGCCGGUUCUGCGUCGCAUUGGUGCUCACGCAGCCUGGGCAACGGCAUGGCACAACGGGAUCCACGCAAGCCGAGCCGAAGCUGAGGAUCUCUGGGACCAGUGCAAAGGGCUUCCCCUUGAAGAGGCUUUUGCAAAGUGUAAGCAGGCUUUGCUUGGGAAGAGUACGGCAGAACUGGAGCUGUUUUCCGACCAACCUCGGAUUGCAUGGGGGCAGCCACCUCAUGCCCAGGUCGAUAACAUAGCUGGCAUUUCUGAUGACCUAAAGAUCUGUGGGCUUGGCGGGCUGUCAGCAAGUGCGAUCGCGAGCAUGCUGCAGAAGCACUGCGUCAAACGAGUGGUUGUUUGUGGGAAGCCUGAGCGUGAUGCCCACGUAUCCGCGGUGAAGGAUGCACUGUCCAUCGCAGGUAUUUCCACCGCCGACCUGCAUAUCGUACCAGUGAGGGACAGUGCAAGCGAAGACUUGGGCUCGCGACUAGCAUCUGCCGUCGAUUUCGUGAUGGCUGUUCCUGGCAGAGCGACCUUAAUCGCCUGCCGACAGGGGGCUUCUCGCAGCGCGACGGUGGCCAUUGCUUGCCUAGUACAUGAACUAAAGGUAUCCGUUCUUGAGGCCUUCAACCAGCUUGCUGCCAGUCGGUGGCGUUUGUGGCCAAAUGCAGGUUUUGUCCGACAGCUCCUUGCCUUUGAAGACAGCCUCAAGCUGGCGCGGCAGGGAGAAAGGACUACCGACGAAUACAAGGAGCAGGUGCUCCGGAAGAUUGGGAUUCAUGCUGCUUGGGCCACGAACAAGCACAAUCUGCAAACUGGAUCUGGUCAGCAAGGCUUGACCAUUCAGCAAGUCGAGAUAUUUUGGAAUCAAGCCGCUCUGCAAGCCGAGGAGCCCGAAGAACGUUUCGAGCUUUGUAAGUCGUUGAGCUUGGGAGUUGAUUUGACCUCCUUCGAUGCCGAGCCCGCGCUGGAAGGCAGCACACUGAGGGUCAUUCUGGGCAAAACCAGGCAGUACUGGUGGUGCCUGCACAUCAGGACGGUUUGCAUCAACACCUUCUGGUUCAACGGCCACAUAUCGAUUGGCGUACCCAGGUCUAGAGGGUUUCAAGCUCCCAACGACGUGUUAUCCAGGACACCGCUUGCUUCGUGGACGGAUCCGCCCUGGGCCACUUGCAUGUGGAGCAAACCACAGGAAUGCGACGGAAAGCUCGAAGUGGACUCGCCUUCAACCUUUCCAGCCCCCGAGGGAGUUCGGCUGCUGGUGGACGGUGGCCACGAUGUCGCAUUGACGUUGCGCUUUGUCGCACCUGGCGAGGUGUCUUGGUUCGGUCGAUUGGCUCAAGUGACGAGGUUUGCCUUGAUUGUGGCUGCCGGCGUCAUUGCGGGAAAAGUUGCCUCCGGCGCAUGUGAUCCUGCUGCCUGUGCUCGCAUUGCUGCAGAGAUGGAGGCGCCCGGCCCCAGGAUCGCAGCGCAGCUGACGCUGGAUCUCGGCGCGGACCCACGUGCCUUAGCCGAUGACGGACUCUCGCCCUACACAGCGGCAAUCCUCAAGGAGGAUCCCUGCGGAAUGCUGAGUGGCCUCGACAGUGGCUUGCGGCUGAGGAUCUUGCGGGGCGACAGGGCGGCUUGGGCCGAGGUUGCGCGCUCUGCAGAAGGCAAAGGUCUUCCAGACAUUGCUGCUGGAGCACUCUCGAGAGGGCUUCCAAUACCGGACAGCAUGGCCGAGGAGCUUCUGGGCUAUUGCUUCCAAGCAGAGCUUCCUCUGCUCACCCUUCGAGUCCUGGCGCGAAUCGACGGCAAGCGCUUCCUCAUGCCGGCGCUUCAAAGAGCCAGUUCUUUGGCUUGGCGUCGAGUCGCCGAGAGGAUUGUGCAGCAGGCACGGCCUGGGCUGAAGCCGUACUGGCUCAGCCCAGAUUCCCUGAGGUACGCCGUUCUGCAGAUCCAAGCCGGCUGCAAUCAGUACAGGCUUCUACUGGAUUCCUUCCUGCAAUAUCUCAGAGCAUCUGAAGAAGAGGAGUUCCUGAAAGACCCAUGUGCGCCUCCGCGCGAUCGCGGAGGUGCAGAAUGCCCCAUUUGCUUGGAGCCACUUUGCAGGUCUACCCCAGUGGCUUUUGUGGAUGCAGCUGAUGCUGCUGUUUGCCUACACCUGCUUUGCAGUAAGUGUGCGCGAGGCUACACAUCAUCCACCAACACGCAGGGGGAAGCCUUGAGGUGCCCCGAAUGCCGGCGACAUGCCAUCACCAUGAGGCAGCUUCCUUCGCUUAGCGAGGACCCGCUGCGCUGGUUCGAGUUUUUGGCUUCGGACACAGUCAGUGUCAACGGCAAGGUUGCCAAAUCGAUGUUGCUUCGGACGUUUGGAACUCAAGGGAUUUCUUCCAUUCUUCCCGUCGAGGCAGAUGCCAUAGAGGCGGGUGGAGUGGGCACAGAGUUGCGCCAGGAGGUAAGUGCAUCUGACUUCCUUACCCAUGAGCUUUUUGUAUGGGUUUGGCGGAAUGUGCAGGAGCACCUCCGAUGCAUGAAGCUUGGACCCCCCCCAGACCUUGAAGAGCGAAGGGCAUGGUUCAAGUAUUGGAAUUUGUCAGAGAGCGGCAGGCUUUCGCGAGCCGAGGUGCUGCGGGCGAUCCUCCGCUCUUUUCGGGCGAGCUCGACGGACAGGCAGAAGUUGCAGGAGCUGCGAGCAAGAGUCGACAAGGUUUGGGAUCUCUGGCAUUCGAACCGCCUGGCCGUGCAAGGACACGCUGAUCCCAACUUUGUAUCAUGCGAGGAGUUCGCAAGAGACGGUGGCUUUGGGGAUUUGCUGAACGAGAUGUUCGGCUUGGAUCCUGGAGGGCAUGAUCUGCACCCAGCGCCACCUGUGGAGGCUUCCGGUGUCUCACGUCGACAUGCUGGUCAGCGGCGGCAGCCUCAUGGCGCGCCAAGUCCUCGAGGUUGGCGUCCUGCUGCUCUCUGGGAGGGUCGCCCAGGCUCCGCUGGACAUCUGACCCGGCCACUUCCAGGCCCCACAGCCUUUGCGCAGACCGGCUCAGCCGGGGACGGGCCGCCGCCUGAUUUGGAGGUGCCGUCCGAGACGGUAGCACCUCCCGGCAUGCUAGAGGCUUCACCUCUUGUCUUGCACAUCUUCGACCCUUUCCUGCACAUAGUGGAAACAACGUCGUCGUCGGCGAGUUCAUCGCCCCACUCCUCUGAAAAUAGUUUCGAAGAAUCAAGAGACAGCGUGUCAGAGGAGGGGUCGGAAGCACCACUACCCAGUGGUGACAGGAGUCCGCUGCCUAUCUUCGCGACAAGCGAAGAGGCUUCAGAAAUUUUGCAUGAGUCUUCACUACGCCACAGCGUCGUGAGCUUGUGA